AUUGUUGAGCGAUCGUAGCGCUGCUGGUAUUGUAGCAAUAUCAAUGCGUAUCAGUCUAUGAUAUAUCUGCGAUGGUGUACAAGUCGCCAUAGAACUCGUAAAAUUGCUUGAAGUACUCGAUGAAUUUCGGGUAUUCCAAAAUUUCUUCUGCUUCUAAUGAAGCCAGUUUUACAUAACAAAUGACAGAUGGAUGAAAUUAGGUUUUAUAAAGUCACUUCUACUUCCACUAUAUGAUCAGACAAUUAGGAUAAGUAUCAUUUGUCCAUACCGGAAUACCAACUACCAUCAAGAUGAACAUUAAUUCAAUAGGCAUAGCUGAUCUGUUUAAUUUAUUGGAAUCCAACAAACUUGCGGAGGUAGAAGAAAUAAAAAAAGUAUUCCAUGAACUUUUUUUAUCUACAAAAGACAAUUGGUUGGUAAAUGGUCUUUUUGAUUAUUAUCUGUCCACAAAUUCCUUAAGAGCUGUUGAGGUAUUAGCUGGUGUUCGUGAUCCACAUGACAAGCAUCUCUUAGAUCGUUUGUCGGAAGCUCUUUCCAAAUCUGGAAGUAGCAGCCAAAGAAUUCAAACCCUUACUUUGUUAGGUCAUAUUGCCCGUCGUCAGCCAACUUGGUUAUACAAGCUUGCCAGUCAUACUUUAUUUCGAGAUUUACUUAGGUUACUUAAGAUGGAAGCAGAUACAUUAUCUCUUAUGAGUGCGCUUCUUCUCUUGGUGAUGUUAUUACCGAUGUUACCUGCUGCUUUAGGGCCAUACCUCACAGAAAUUUUUGAAGUAUUUGGUCGAUUGGCCUCUUAUUAUUAUCAUCAGUUAUCAUCUGUGUUUUCAUCUCCUAUGCGUUUUACUUCAACAACAAUAACAGGGACAAUAGAUAAGAAUCAUUUAUAUUUAUUACAUUUGCAAGUGGGACUAUAUAAUUUAUUUCACAGAUUAUAUGCCAUGUAUCCUUGCAACUUCAUUUCAUAUUUGAGACAACAACAACAAGAUCAACCUGCUACUUUUAUCCAUACAAUUAGACCAAUGCUAGAUUCUGUGCGCAUGCACCCUUUACUUGUUACUGCAUCUAAAGAUACAGAGAUUUCUGCUGCUAGAUGGAAAAAGAUGGAGCAUCAUGAUGUUAUAGCAGAAUGCGGUCGUUUUACAUUAGAUAAAUGUCGAGAAGAAGUAUUUCGUACUACGAAUUCACGUUCUACGCCACCUUUAGAUUACUCUUCUAUAUGUACUCCAAUAAACAUUAGUGGAGGGAUAGCGCCAUCAGAAAUCAGUAAUGGUGAAGAUGAUACGUUUUGGUCGCCGAGUAUGACAGUGCCGCCACAUAGUCCGCAAUUUCCAGUUACAUCUCAUGAACAACGGUCUACUCCUUCAACACCUAAUAAUAACAGAAGCGGUACGUCUCCACCGGAAGCUGCAGUCGAAGCCACUCCAGAAACAACUCCUGUUAAGGAUUUACGAAAGAUGCCGAAACCUACUGGUUCUUGCGCAGUUCGUGCUCUUACUGGAUUUGGUAAUGGCACAGUAGGAUCAAGUUCACGACCAUCCACACCAAUCCCUUUAAAUCCGUCUGUAUCUGGCUCCAUAAUUGGUAGUGGGGAUACAAAUAAUGCACAUGGAAUUUUUUCGCACAAGCUGAGUAAAAUUAUCGCAGAUAGACAAGCCAUUAGUCAAACCAAGUCAUCUAUCAACGUUGAUGAAGAUGGAAGAUUCCCAGAAAUGAACACAAAUCAAAAUGGAAAAAACGAUUCUUGGCAAGAAGAUCAAGAGGUUUUAGAAAUUGUAAGCUCUCAAACUACUGGAAAAUUUGAAAGUUCAAAAUUAGUCGAACAACAAGAACACCAUAAUGAAAAAAUGCAAAAUGCUUUUGCAGAUUUGUCUCAAAAGGUUUAUCAGCUACGUUUGUAUUCUCAAAGCCAAGCUUCAACACAACAUUUAAAUUUGAAUUCUCUUUACAAAAUUCGAGAAAGCAGAUCUUGCCCCGAUAUCAAAGUUCAUAAAAAACUGGAAGAUACAGCAACCCAAACAUCCGAUUUACUUCCAUAUGAAGAUUUAUUGCUAGGAAUUUUGGAACAAAAGACACAAAUGAAUUUACAAAAACGUUCUGUACAAGAUACCGAAUUUAGAUUAUCACCAACUGCAAUGCUUGAUCGAUAUGUUGAAACUUGCACGCACGGUAGUAAUUAUUCUGGCGAAAAAAUGAGGACAAAUGCAAUUAAGCAGAAACAAAGAAAAGAAAAUGGUGGGGAAGAUGAAGUAGCAGAAGAAGAUACUUUCGAUGUCGAAUGUGCGAGUCAGUUGUUACAGCUUAUGCAAAUGCAACUACAGUUCGAACGGCAACGUAGAGAAGUACAUGCCGAACGUAAUCGACGGCUUCUUGGCAAACUGAGGGAUUCGCGUGCGUUAGAAGAACAUAAUUAUGCUUUGACUGAUCGUUUAAAAAUAAUGGAAAAAGAAGUAGAGAGUUUAAAAGCUGAACUAGAACGUAACAAGAGAGAAGCUUGCCAAGCUGAAGAUCAAUACAAAGAUGCAUUACACCACUGGCAGACUAAGUGUAUAGAAGAACAACGACAGAAUCAAAUACUGAAGGAUCGUCUCGAAUCUGUAGAAGUCAAACUAAAGAAUGAACAAAAAAAGGUAGCAGAUUGUGAACAGCGGAUUCAGUCUACAGAGGCCUCCCUGUUCGAUGCAGGUCAUCAACUAAGAGUAGCUUUAAAAGCUGCAAAUCGCAGUAAAGAGCUAGAACGUACUCUUGAUACUGUACAGAAGAAAUUUCUUUUACUUGCAGAGGCACAAACAAAAUUACAAGAAAGUACAGGGGGUCUUUCACCAAUGACAAAACAAGAAGUAACACAAAUACAAAAGUCAUACGCAGAAGAAUUAACUAAUUUACGACGACAGUUGGAAUCGCGAAUAUCUCUUGUAGAAGCUUUGAAAAUACGUUUAACUGAACUAGAAAACAAAGAAGCACGAAAAGAAGCGCAACUUGUAGAACUGCAACGGCUUUUACAAGAAACAAAAGAUCAACACGAAGCUGAAUUGGAAGCCGUCGAGUCAAAAUAUAAAGCACAAGCUGAAAUAAACCUUCUUCUCGAAGGCCGUAUACUUGAACUUCAUGGAACAUUAGAAGCAGCAACUUGUAGUAAUACUACUGUAAACAAUCUAGCUUCUUCAGCAUCGCCUAAAGAAAGAUCACCUCCAUUGUCGGCUAGUUUAGCCUCUUCCAGUGAGGGAAGUCUUGCCUUUAUUCAUUCAGGUACUGGAAUUAUAAUGAAUGACUGCUGUGAUACCGCAGGCGAAAUUCCUAAUCUUCAAGCUAUCGUCGAACCUGUGCCAAGCCAGGCUACUUCACCAUCUCGUCAAAAUCAGCAAAGACGGAAUCCUAAACAAGACUAACGCUACGCAAAUUUGACCACCGAGUCUUUUCGUAUGCAGCUAUUCCGUUCUGCACGCGUGCAACUGUUAUCCAAUGACGUGGUAUUAAAUCAGAAGAAAGUUAUUUAUAGCUUUUUAUCGACAUAUUAUGCGGAAUUCAUAAAAAUAUUAUUAUCGCGUGAUUUCGAUAAAUAAUUGAAAAUAUACUGGUAAUUAAUAAAAUUACUAGCAUGAUAUAAUUUCACUCUUAAGAAAUGAAUUCGCAAUGAAUAAAUGGUUGAGAUAUUUUGUGAGCAA